CAAAACAAGAUAAUUUACUCAAAAUCCUCAAAAUUAACUCUAUUUACGGCAGUACUUUAUAGCAACAAACGUGUCCUUUUUUACAUUUUUAAACACAAGUUCGUCGAGUUAACCCAAAACAACUAAAAGUAUUGACAUGAGUGAUAAAAGUGAUUUAGAAGAAAUAAGAAAAGACGAUAAAUAUUCAAUUUUGCUCCCUACUUACAAUGAAGUCGAAAAUUUGCCGAUUAUUAUUUGGCUUAUUGUCAAAUAUUUGAACGAAUGCUACAUCGAUUUCGAAAUAAUCGUGAUCGAUGAUGGGUCACCCGACGGUACAUUGGAAAUGGCUAAGCAACUGCAGAUGCUCUAUGGAAAAGAGAAAAUCGUGCUCAGACCUAGAGAAAAAAAAUUGGGUCUCGGAACAGCUUACCUUCACGGAAUCAAACACGCAACAGGGAACUAUAUCAUAAUUAUGGACGCCGAUUUGUCGCAUCACCCAAAAUUCAUUCCCGAAAUGAUCAGGAAGCAGCAGAAGGAUGAUUACGACAUAGUAACCGGGACCAGAUACGCUGGAGAUGGUGGAGUUUAUGGAUGGGAUUUUAAGAGGAAGUUGAUAAGUUGUGGCGCUAACUUCUUAACCCAGUUUCUUUUGAGACCGGGCGUUAGCGAUCUCACCGGAAGUUUUAGACUCUACAAAAAAGAUGUCUUAGAGAAAUUGACACAAUCGUGUGUCUCCAAGGGCUACGUUUUUCAAAUGGAAAUGAUGGUCAGAGCAAGACAGUUUGGAUUCACAAUUGGCGAAGUUCCAAUUUCUUUCGUCGAUCGAGUAUACGGCGAAUCAAAGCUGGGAGGAUCAGAGAUUUACCAGUUCGCUAAGGGACUGCUGUAUUUAUUUUUUACUUCCCUUUAUAAGCGCAAGACUGAUUAAAUACAUUACCUGCAUUUUUAAAUUUUCCGCCACGAGCUCUCGUGAAUUUUAUAUUUUCAAAAAUAUCUCUCAUUUUUAAUAAAUAAUUUUUAUUGUCUAAUUUUCUUUCAGGAAUUUCGUGUAGUCUUCUGAGAUUUCUUAAGUCACUCGAAAUAUCCCGGCGACUAUUUUUUUUUUUUAAUUUCGAGGAUUUAAAAAAUGAUGGAGAGCUUUCGAAGAUUUUGAAAGUAUUUAUUUGGGUUUCGCAUAGGGUCUACUCUCGAAAAUCUGGCAUUGUCAAGGAAAUUUUUCGAUCGUGAUAAAAGACGAAUUUUUCACAAUAUAGUUCCACUUUCAAUAAUGGAAUUAAAUUUGUAAAAAAUGAAUUCCAAAUAGAAUAGUUGAAUUAUUAUAUAAAACAGAU